UUCCUGACAGGGAUAAGUAUGUGAGCAGCAUCGCGCCAGAUCCAGUCGCGAUAACUUACUCGUGACACAACAACAGCGAACCGCGCGUCGUCACCGGGUCGACUGCACCUGCUCAGGACGGCUGUCCCCUUUGGCGAUAAAUUGGAACAUUAUUUCAGUCCUCAUGACCAGCGGUUUAAUGAUGGACCACGCAUUUGCCUCCCGGUCAUUCUGGGCCAAUGACAACAAAUUCCUCCAAGACGCGAACCAUGCGACGGACGUCUGCACCAGCGUGGUCGUUACGCACCACAUCCCCCGUGGCACAUCCUUUGGCCCCUGUUUGCUUCAAAGUACAUUCUACGACACCAUCGCCUUCAUAGCGUUGAAAUCACGCGACAGGAUCACCAAAUCCUACGUGUUUAGGAUAGACCCCGAAGUGAUGCGAAACACGACGCUGGUGUUGUCGUGGUUACGGCUGGUCCAGGCAGCCCGCAGUGGAGAGGAGCAGAACACCGAGGCAUACCUGAAAGCGGGCCAGCUUUAUGUGCGCGCCACCCGGGACAUCGGCCAAGAAGAGGAGCUCCUGGUGUGGUACGACCAGGAGCUCUCUCAUCUGCUCGGUUUCACGGAGACCAUCGGGCUCAUGGCGACCAAAGAGCAACAUGAAGAGCUGAAAUGUGUGAAAUGCCACCAGGUGUUCAGGCAUGAGUAUCCGUACCUGGCGCACUGCAGAUUCCUGUGUGCCCAGAAUAAAAGUGACGCGUGGAGCCAUGACACCUGCGGGCAAAAGGAGGCAACUAAACUAAUGGAACUAAAGAGACAACGUCGAGUCACCGAUUUCCAUAACAUAGCGAGAGAUCUGGAGCAUAAAAGACCAACCACAGAUGAGGACGACGAAACAUCCCCGAUUAAAAGGAAAUGUGAGGAAAGUGUUUAUCCAAAAGGACGGAAAUCUGUACUCCUGGAAAAAACGAACAUCGCAAAUGACCACAACAUUACGCCGUUGAUAAGGGACUACGAACAACCAUCACUUGACUCGCAUUACUUUACUUUGAAGCUAAGAUCAGACAAGUACAAAACGCCUCAUUUGGAUUUAAAAAACACCGCGUUUGCUGAAGUUGUUGAGCGCGAAGGGAGAUUUACGCACGGACACACGCCAGAGUUGGACGGUCAUUCUGGGAGAGGAGUGCACCUUUUGGGUGCACCUUUACGCAGCGCCUUUUCAGCGCUCUCCCCGGCUGGCCACGGAGAGCAGAAAAGUGCCUUCUGUAAACCCAAUAGAAUAACUUACAACGAGUCAACUUUGCACCAAUCGAUGGCGCAGGAAGCUUCCUGCAAUCGCCUCAACGGAAUUUCUGGUGCUUUUACCCCAAGGACUGUUAUGGGGUACACCACCACACCCGCUCUCAUGGCGCCCAACAGGUCUUUGGUGACCGGCGAGUUGGCAGGUGCCCCGACUGUUCCCGCGCACGUUGCUAUAAACAACGCUUUCCACUACGCCCCAGAACACUGGUCACGGAGUAUGGCCUCGCAACUUCAGACCACGUCGUCCCUCGCCAUCCUCCCACCGACCUUCAACUCGUUCGGAGUAUCAGUCCAGAACUGGUGCGCCAAAUGUAACCUGUCCUUCAGAAUGACCUCCGACCUCGUGUUCCACAUGCGCUCCCACCACAAGAAGGAGUUCGCAGCGGAGUCCCAGGUGAGGAGGAAGCGGGAGGAAAAACUCACCUGCCCGAUCUGCAACGAAUACUUCCGAGAGCGACAUCACCUCUCCCGACACAUGACUUCACAUAAUUAAAGAUCUAUAUGUAUAUACAAUGGAUAGCGUUCUAUUUAUUUCCUAACUUACAGUUCGAUACUGAGCGGUUGUUGAGUUUCGUAUGUGUCUAUUGAUGUUAAAACAAUGAAUGUUCAGAGUCUGCCCUCUAGAUGGCGGUAGAUUUGCACAUACGCGGAUUAUAUAGCGCUGCGCUGUUCAGCAGUUCUUGUCGUUAUGUUUAUUAGGUUAGUGGUUCACUUUUACAUUGUGCCUUAUUGAACUCAGGAUAGUAUUGUGAACGCGAUUGACACAUAUCUCUGUGCAGUAAUGUGAUUUGCCGGUUUGAUGCCAAUCGGCUUCAACCACCGUUUGCUAUGUGCAUAGCCCCGUAUAGGCCAUGACAUGAAGUGUUCAAGGCUUUAUGCUUGAAGUGUCAACUAUAAAAUGAACAAA